GCUGAGUUUACUAUAUAUGGGCAAAGCCAGGCAAAGCGACUGCUCCGCUCGCUUCCGUGUUUGUAUGAUCAGGGAGUCCACGGCCGGGGGAGGUUCGCUGUUUCAUUCAUUUGGAGGAGUAAGCACGUAAUAAGCAGGGAAAAUGUCAUAUGAAUUGAAGCAUGUAUUCGCCAGUCUCCCGCAGAUGGAGAGGGGAGUUGCCAAAGUGCUUGGCGGAGAUCCCAAAGGCAACAACUUUCUCUACACCAAUGGGAAGAGUGUUAUCAUCAGGAACAUUGAUAACCCGGCUAUCGCAGACAUUUACACAGAGCAUGCCCAUCAAGUGACUGUUGCCAAGUACGCUCCCAGUGGAUUCUACAUUGCCUCUGGAGAUGUAUCAGGGAAGAUCCGUAUCUGGGACACCACCCAGAAAGAGCACCUGCUCAAGUACGAGUACCAGCCUUUUGGAGGGAGGAUCAAGGAUAUUGCUUGGACGGAGGACAGCAAGAGAAUUGCUGUAGUGGGGGAAGGACGAGAGAAGUUUGGGGCGGUGUUCUUAUGGGACACUGGUUCCUCAGUUGGAGAAAUAGCUGGUCACUUCAAAGUCAUCAACAGCGUAGACAUCAAGCAGACACGUCCUUACCGCCUCAUCACUGGCAGUGACGACAGCUGUGGUGCCUUCUUUGAAGGGCCUCCCUUCAAGUUCAAAUUCACACUUCCUGACCACUCAGGAUUUGUCAACUGUGUGCGUUUCUCUCCAGAUGGAACCCGGUUUGCCACAGCCAGUGCUGAUUAUCAGAUUGUCAUCUAUGAUGGAAAGACUGGUGAAAAAGUUAGCACACUGGGUGGAGAGAAGGCCCAUGACGGAGGAGUCUACGCUAUCAGCUGGAGUCCAGACAGUUCCCGCCUGAUCUCUGCCUCAGGGGACAAGACGGUGAAGCUGUGGGAUGUUGGUGCAGGUACAGCCGUCACAACCUUCAACAUGGGCGCUGAUGUUGCGGACCAGCAGCUGGGCUGCCUGUGGCAGAAAGACUACUUCCUCAGCGUCUCCCUGUCAGGAUUCAUUAACUACCUGGACAAGAACAACCCUGACCGGCCCAUACGUGUCAUUAAGGGUCACAGCAAAUCAAUCCAGUCUCUGACGGUUCAUAAAAAUGAAGGCCGAACAUACAUCUACUCGGGGAGCCACGAUGGACACAUCAAUUACUGGGAUGCAGAAACUGGGGAUAAUGAUGACUUCUUGGGUAAGGGCCACAGCAACCAGGUGAGCAAGAUGGUUGUGGAUGAUACAAACCAACUGGUGACCUGCAGCAUGGAUGAUACUUUGCGCUACACCGACCUCAACAAGAAAGAGUACAGUGCCUCCGACCUGGUGAAGAUGGAUUUCCAGCCUAAAUCUGUAUCAGUCGCUCCGGGUGGUCUGACACUGGCUGUGUGCAUUGGGCAGGUCGUCUUGCUGAAGGACAAGAAGAAGGUGUUCACAUUGGAGGGCCUCGACUAUGAGCCAGCGGCCGGAGCCAUCCACCCUGGAGGCAGCACUGCUGCGGUGGGGGGAGCGGAUGGAAAAGUCCAUCUGUACUCAAUUCAGGGUAACACCCUAAAGAAAGAUUCUACAACCAUGGAGGCUAAGGGACCGGUCACAGACAUGGCCUACUCCAAUGAUGGAGCCUAUCUUGCUGUCACAGAUGAGAAGAAAGUUGUCACAGUUUUCUCUGUGGCAGAUGGCUACUCGGUCAAAAAUGACUUUUAUGGCCACCAUGCAAAAAUCAUGACAGUGGCCUGGUCACCUGACAAUGAGCACUUUGCCAGUAGUGGGAUGGACAAUAUGGUGUAUGUCUGGACCGUCAGUGAUGCAGACACAAGGAUAAAGCUCCCAGAUACCCACAGGUUGCACCACGUCAGCGGCCUGGCCUGGAUAGAUGAACACACCUUAGUCACCACCUCCCUUGAUGCCACCGUCAAGCAAUGGACUGUUAAAUUCUGAGCUGCAAGCAGACACACAUGCACAUCUUUAGGGACAAGGACUACUGUAGAACUCACUCUUUUCUUUCUUAUCCUAUAUUUUCAGCAUCUAAAUGAUGGUCUCUGCUGUUGAUAAACCCCUGAAUUGUAAAAGGUCAUUAUUGCAGGGAAAAAGCUCCUACCAAGAAAGAUAUCCAAGAUUUUUUUCUUUUGAUGCUCAUAGUCUCACGUUACGCAGGAACAACAUAGUAAGUACUCUGUACAGGAAGUGCUUUUACAUAUCUUUGAGCUUUAAUGGAACCAGAAAAAUACUUGUAAGCUCAACAUUCCAUAAGUAAUAGCCUUCUCUCAGUUCUAACUGAAAUGCAAUGAAAUCUGUGUGGUUCGGCUCAAUGUAUCCUAACUUAAUGGAUGAACCAAAAGUGAUUUUUAUCAGCUAAAUAAUGUUUGAAAAUAAUGAAACUUUUUGGUUACAUUCCUGAAAUGUUAAGUAACUGGUCCUAGCUGCACUUGCCUGUCAGUUUUUGUUUUCAGCAAGGGUGGAUGUAAGAUUUUAAGGGGGUGGGUGCUCUAAUCUGUAUUUUUUUGCUUUGUCUUUGUCUCUAUACUUUGUCUUUAUCAUCCUGAGCACUUCAUGGUGGAUUGGGGAGCAAUAAUGGGAAUGGAAAAAAAAAAAAUAGUAUGUAUACAAUCAAAAUGCUGUUUGUUCAGUUAAGCUCCAGUAUUGUUGCUGUGUGUUUGUUUGGGC